ACCUUUGGUUCUGGCCGAACGGUAGCAAACGGUGCCGCCAUAACGAUCGUGAUAAGUAAUUCUGUGCGACAAUCGGAUCGGAGAUGGAGAACCGACAUCGCAUUGCCACAACUGGCGCGCGGGUAAAAAGCAGCAAGGAAGGAGCGAAGGGCGGCACUACACUGACACUGUACGGUACGAUCAAUACAAAGAACACACGGGCCUGUGACUGCAAAGCCCGUUUCUAUCUUCUUCAGAACGCGUACGACAAGUUGCAGAAAGAGAAAGAGACGCGUUACAAUGCUCUUCGAGAGAUGUACGAUUUGCGUUCCGAGGAGCUGGACAAGCUCCAGCAUUUGUACAAAAAUGUAAAAGAACAAAAUCACGUAUUGAAGGAACACAAUGCAACGAUUGUGCAUGCUAGCAGUGAGCUGCUGGUCGUGGCAAAUUGGCUGCUGGAGCAAAACGAGGAAAUCACGGUCGUAGACAAUACUUUGAUAAGAAAAGCUUGCGAGCGUCUCGAGCAAACUCUGGGCAUCGUUUCAUGAUAGAAUUACUUUAUCAUGAUUAUUAUCAUUUGUUUUGUCAUUACUAGCAUCUUUUUGUGGUACGAGGGGCCGUUGGUUAAGUUUGUUGUUAACCAUUUUUAAUAAAGAUU